UGGUGCCGUGGGCGGGCGAGGAGGUAGUGAUGGGGACGUGCUGUCGUGGCUCAGGCCGUGCGCUACCGGAUGUCUUAUUUGGGGGUGUGGGCGCGCAUUCCCGACGUGAGUGAAGCUCAACCUUGAAGUCCAGUGAUGGCACACAUGGCAUUCAGGGAUGUGGCUGUGGAUUUCACCCAGGAAGAGUGGAUGCUGCUGAGCCCUGCUCAGAGGUCCCUGUACAGGGAGGUGAUGCUGGAAAACUACAGCAACCUGGUCUCACUGGGAAUUCCAUUUUCUAAACCAAAGCUCAUCACCCAGCUGGAGCAAGGGAAGGAAACCUGGAGAGAGGAGAGAAAAUGCCCACCAGCCACUUGUCCAGAUCAAGCAAGAAUGUGGAAAAAAUCUGAGUGAGCUAAAGAAAUAAGGCAAGCCCAGGGAGAGGGAGGAAGGCUAAAAAUCCAACCAAGAAAUUGAAAUUGAAUUCUUAAAAAACUGUGAGCCAAAAGUAGUUUUUACAUUUUUAAAUAGUUACAUAAGUAUAUAAUAUCCUCAAUUUUAAACUUCUUACCCUCAAAGCUUAAAAUUAUUUGCUAUCUGACCAUUUAAGAAAAAGUUUGCCGACCUAUGCUCUAAGGAAUUAGGAUAUACAGCCCUAACUUUUCCUGACCUACUUAUUAUGUAAAAAUGUAAGAACAUUGCAAUUGCACAGUUCCGUUUACCCCUUCCCCCAACAUUCUUUAUUCUAUAGUUCUUAUUUGUAUUACGUUUACAUACAUUGUAAAUUCCUUAAUAUGAUAUGUAUUUUUUUAAUCAAGAAGAAAUUAUUUUAUAUGCAUUCAGAUAAUUUACCAUUUUCUGUACUCUUCAUUUUCUUUCUGGAGAUCCGAGUUUCCACCUGGUAUCAUUUUUCUUUAGCCUAAAUAACUUGUUUAACAUUUCUUGUGCAGGUGGCACUGUAUUUGCUUACGUUUUGUUUUUCUGAAUGUUGACAUCUCCUACUUAAGUACUAUAAGAAGAAAAUUUUUCUUUUACAUUGAUUUCUGGGGAAACUCAUUCAUAUUAAUUAUAGAAAUUAUCAGGGAGUGAACUGAUCAGGA